AUGACCGCCACUCCGCAAGCUUACGGGAUUCGAGAGCUAUACCGUCCUGCUGAUGCUUUGAUUGAAGUUGACAUAGUUGCUGUUCAUGGACUCAACGGCCACGCGACGGACACAUGGACUUCCAAGCCGCAGGGUAUAUGCUGGUUGAGUAACUCGGCAUUCCUGCCACAAUACGUUCCACGCGCCCGGAUUUUGGCGUGGGGAUACAAUGCGAGCAUUUCAUCGUGGAAUGGAGGUACACCCAGCUCCGACAGAGUUCUACAGCACGCACAGACAAUGGUUUCUCAACUUGAAGCUGAUAGGGAUCUUGAGGAUGCCCUAGAAAGACCAAUCAUCUUUCUAUGCCACUCUCUCGGUGGUAUAAUUGUAAAAAGGGCCUUGGCUUAUGCAGAAAGUCGCCGCCAACUCGCACAUAUCCACUCAAUUUACACCUGUACAUUUUCUAUCAUAUUCUUCGGUACGCCACAUAAUGGAUCUAGCAAGGCCAAUCUUCUUGGCAGUCUACAAAAGCUCGCAUCUAUUUCAGUUCCGAAGUCUGCCAUAGAGUUCGAAUCAGGACUGGUGAACGCACUCGAAAAAGAAUCCGAGACCCUGCAGAAUAUCACUGAUCAAUUUGCGCCACUUAUGCCCCGUUUCCGUUUGUUCUUUUUCUGGGAACAGGACAAGACCAAUCUCAAAUACAAGAAGGAUUACAUCGUGGAAGAAACAAGUGCAGCGCCAAUACUCGACAAUACCGAAAGAUGUGGCAUUGCCGCAGACCAUCAAAGAAUGUGCAAGUUCCACAGUCCAGCCGAUCAAGGAUUCAGAACAGUGGUGGCAGCACUCCGGCGCUAUGCUCGUGAGGCACCCAAUGUGAUUCAGAGGAGGUAUCAGACAUCCGCGGACGUUCAACGAGGAGAGAAGAUGCUUCGAGCUACCGAGCUACUGGAAACAAUUCAACCUCAGGUUCCGACUCUUUGCCAUAAUUCCAUCCAUCCCUUCGAAGUCACGAACGGCAUUAUGUUUGAGAGAUCAAAUGGUCCUACAUCCAGUACCUAG